AGGCCAUGUCUGUUCAUAGAAAGUGAGUGGGACAUUUGUUUUGUCUUGGAUUGUGUGAAGCCAUUCACCACUUGAUAUGGUCCUCAAUUUGAGUUUUGGGGACAAAACUACUUUUUAGGAGGGGUGAGUGUAAUAUCCCAAAUUUUCGGGAAUAUUUAAGUGUAAGUUAGGGACUUGAUUGUGAGAAAAGAUUGUUUUGGGGCCUAAUGUGAAUAUUUUAAAAGUUGAGGGACUUAAAGAGGGAAAGAUUUUGGAUAAGGAUGACUUCUUUUCUUUUUCUUUUUCUUUCUUUCUUUUCUUUCCAGCCUUGCCCGAUUCUGCUCUUCUUCUCCUUUCUUCCCGCUGCAGCCACUCGAAAGAAAAAAAAAGGGGAACCCAGCCAUGCCUUUGAGAAACCGGUGAGAUAAGCUUGGUUUUCUCCUUCCUUUCUUGCUCUAGAACACACCUAGAACCCAGAAAUCUUCCCCCCUGCUGGAAAAGCCGGAUCUGCCCUGCUCUGCUUUGUCCUUCUACCGGCUGCUCUUGAUUGUGGGUGAUUUCUAGGCAUUUUUUUCGUGGUGGUGGGAUUAAACCCGUUUUACACAAGUAUGACUGAUUUGAAGUGAAAUGUUUUAUGCUUUUCACUAAAUUGAGCAUGCCUACUUGAAAUUUAAGUGAUUGUCCUGAUGAUUUGAAAGUGACUUGAAAGUGAUUGUGAAUUGUGAUUUUCCUGUUAACUUCUGCCUGUUUUGUCUCCGAUGUGGUCAUGUUAUUCGUGACCCUGCUAGUGGGGGAGGUUAUAAACGCUAGCACAUGUCGACAUGUAGUGAUAGAGCCGGUUCGUUCAACCCAGCUAGUGGGGGUUAUACACCAGCAAAUUGUGGCCCUGCUAGUGGGGAUUAUACACUGGCCGUGACCUAUAGAGGAUACGUCUAUUUCGUGCCCGUACUGUAUCUGUUUUCGUGAUUGUACUUGUUGGCAUGCUUUAAGUUUGAUAAGGGGCACUUUAUAUUUACUUACUGAGUUUAUCUCAUAGUUUUUCCUUGUCCACCAUUUCAGGAUGUGAAAUCGAGGACGAGGAAACCACGGGAAGUGACGAGUUAGAAGGCUAGCCAUAUUGUAAUUGAACAUAGAUUUUAUAAUUUGAUCUUCAGAUUUUGAUGGUAUCAGAGCAAACCUAGGAGUUGGGUUCUGAACCCAAGCACCUGGGUUCAUCGUGGGUUCCUAGGUUCACGAUGAACCCAAGUGCCUGGGUUCGUUGCGAACCCAGGCUCUUGGGUUUGUCGUGGGCUCCUGGGUUCGCGAUGAACCCAGGCGCCUAGGUUCGUUGCGAACCCACCAGUUGGGUUCAUUGCGAACCCAGGCUUCUGGGUUCGUCGUGGGUUCCUAGGUUCGCGAUGAACCCAGGUGCCUGGGUUUGUCGUGAACCCACAAGCUGGGUUCAUCGCGAACUUAGUCUCUUGGGUUCGUCGUGGGUUCUUGGGGAGAAUCUGCAAACCUCCGCUUCAUGCCAGAAUGCAUCUGCUAUAUAUACAACCACAUGGCGAUGGAAUUAAACAAAAUUCUGGAUAAUCGCAUCGAUGAUUACACGGGGAUGCCAUUUGUGCCCUCAAGUUCUGGGGAUUGUGGUUUCUUGAAGAACAUAAUGAUGCUGUUUUACGAAACGAUAAGGAAGGAAGUGGAGGACAGUCAAAACAGAACUGCAUCACAUUUUUCUUGGAGGAACUACGAUGACAUUAAUGAGUAUUUCUUGAGCAAAAGGUGUUUCAGGAGUUUGAAGUGGCCAAUCGACAUGCGGAGCAACUUUCUCUAUACAGCUAAGAAGAACAAUAGAGUAGGAAAGAUGGGGUUUGUGGACUAGAGGUCGUUUUGGAAUGUGUUUCGGAGCUUCGACAGGCUAUGGGUUUUGUUGAUUUUGUUUUUGCAAGCAAUGAUAAUUGUUGCUUGGGAAGAGACGUAGUCUAGACGGAAACCACUAAAGAGAAGAGAGGUGCAGUUGAAAUUGUUGACAGUUUUUAUCACCAGAGAAAGGAAAGGAUGGGGAAGAAGAUGGGGUAAAUAAGUAAUUAAAGGUAAA